AUGGCCAUUGCAUCGCGGUUCGAAGUCACCAGUACUGGGAUACAUGAUACAGCCUGGAUUCGUAAGUUUGAGGAAUUUGCUGUGCCCGGCAGGGAGUUGAUCAUGCGGCGGAUUGCCUGCGGACCCAUUGAGCUUUCCACAAUACAAGCUUUGUGUCUGAUAAGCAUGGCCGACUUCAACAGUGGAAACACUCCACAAGCAAGCACCUACAGUACACUGGCGAUGGAUCUGGCGUCAUCCUCUGGGCUGUCUUCUGAUAGCCGAAGGCUGAAGCCUGACUCAGGCCAUGAGGCUCAAGAGCGAUUAAGAUGCUACUGGAGUAUAGUGCUUCUGAAGAACCUCCAUGGAAGUCAUGCUAGCUCUGUCGCAUUCGUCCACGAUGAAAAGACACCCGGCUUCCCAGAAAGCCCACGGCCGCCAGCGGGUCUUAGCUCUCUUAUGACCGAUGCGGCUCUUGAGCAACCAGAAACCACGAACAGCGCUUGCGGACCGUCUGAUCUAGGCGUCGUUGCUUAUGUUAUCCAGUUGAGCGAGAUCUGGCAGAAAACCGCCCGGUAUGCGCAUCGCCGAGGAAAGGUAAGUGGACUGCCACCCUGGUCCACACAGUCCGGCUAUGCGCAGAUAACUGCCGAGCUUAUGGACUCUGAGACUCGCCUGCCUUACAAAUAUCGUUUCCGUCCGGCUAAAUUUGCAGAGCAAGAUCCUGCUCAGCUACAGGAACACCAUGAAUUUUGGGCCUCAUGGAUUCUUCUGCAAAUGCUUUACCACACAGUUCUCUGCCUGCUUAACCAUCCGCUCCUCUUGUCCCUACGCCUGAGAAACUUUAGGGUCACGAUGGUCCCGGAGGUCUUCUUGCAGCACACAGCCGACCUCACCGCAACGCACACGGAGUGGAUCGUCCACUUACUGGACGUGUGCGAGAGGAAAGCAUUCGUAUUGUACAACCCCUUCCUUGCACAUUCUGCUGCGAUCGCGGCAACAAUCUACUUGCAGCAAAGCUACACUGAGAACUCCGCGGUCAGGUCGACAAAGCAGGAAUGCUUCAGAAAGUGCGUUACGUUUAUCAAACGCUUGGGCUUGUAUUGGCCUUAUAUUGAGCAGCUGGCCCUCAAGAUCGAGCAAUUUGAGCAGGUGGUUUCAGCCUCAUACCGUGAACCCACAUCGCAGCAACUUCCCGACUCUAAGGUGUUCAUUGACCUCGAUUUGUUCUGGGAGAUCAUUGAGUCCCCUUUUGUCACCGAACUGCCUCGGACCACCAAACCUUACUUCGGCGCAUCUUUAGCAUCUCAUCGUCAACCAAUCCAUUCUGAAGAGGUCCUGCGGUCACGUCUUCUACCUGAGCCAACACGGAUUGGCUCGGACGUUAACCGCACGGACGACAAUACCGACCCAGCACCUGCGAUGCAACUACCAACGUUCGCAGCAGACCCUUCGAACCCCACACCGGACCUGCUACCGCCGGAGAACAGAGAAGCAUCGAUCCUGGCACAGAACUAUUUUGCCCUUGGGGAAGACUUGGUCGGAAAUCUGGAUGAAUGGUGGUUUUCCCGACAGUACGCUUGA